AUGGGUUCCUUUCGCGAAUUCGGCUCGCGGGCGGACUGCCCCCUCCUCCCAAGGAUGGGUAACGCCUUCUGCUUCGCCAGGCAAAAUUAUCUAGGGGUCCCCCAAAUCACAUAUUUACUUGCAGUCCGGACGGGCAUUUUACUAUCGAUACCGGAUGUUUUAUGUGAACAUCAAGUCACUCUUGCAUCUCCGUUCCUUUACUAG